GACGUCCCUUCUGCCAAGAUCGCGGCAAGUGUGGCGGGAGAGAGUGUAGCGUAGAGGUGGUGGCAGGCGCGUGCUGUACCUGUGCGGCCGACGUGAGCUCUGGGAUAGCUCGAGAGUCUGUGAACGCAAGCGAACAGCGGCUUGAGCUUCUUCUUGUGUUGCCCUAGGAGUCCAGAGUGGUGUGAGAGGGGAGGAAAGAGGAAGGGGCUUUCAAGGAAGGACUCUUUGAGGAUCUUCGGCGCCAUGACGGGAGUAAUUCGCGUGACCCUGGAAAGGGACGGCCAUGACCAGCCUUGGGGCUUCCGCCUCCAAGGGGGCGUCGACGUGGCGAUGCCUCUCUCCGUCCAGAGGGCCCGGGGCACCAGCGCCUCCCGCGACGGCAGCAGCGGCAGCGCCCCAGACGCCCCUCGUCAACGGUGGACCAGACCAGUCCCCUUCGGCGGCCUCAUCCAAAUCAGAGAACCCGGCUGUGAGAUCCCUCCCAAAGACCCAGUUCGCCCUCAAGUCCCAGCUUUCUCAUCUGCCGCAGCGGAGCCCCACUGUCAGCAUGGAGGCGCUGUCGAUCCAGAGCCAGCCGUACCGCACACUGCCACUCGUGCAGCCGUCCGCCAAGGCGCGCUCCGACAUGGGGAUCGGUAGCAUCUCUCACCUGAAGAUGCAAGACGAUCACAUCUCGGGCGACAAGCAGCCUCAGUUAGCGCCACACAGCCAGGCCCUGGCGGCCAAGGCCAAGCACGACGAGCUUGUCAUGAAGCAAAAGGUGACCGGCUCCCUGCAACAAAUAACACAGACACAGCAGUCUCUCACAACCGCCACCCAGCAGCACCAGGCGCCCGUCAGCAAGCAAUACAACAGCCCGCAAGCACUCUAUUCCCCCGAGAACGUGCAGGAGGUGCUCCGGCAACAGACCUCGCCCACGCACGUCCCCACCCUCAAGCCGACUGUUUCUCCUGCUGCUGCUGACGCUGCGAAAGCCCUAAGAAAAGUGAGCUCCCCAACCCCCGCACAGAAGCCCAUCCAAGUCGUCCUCACUCCUUCGAAAGAGUAUAACCCUCAGUCGAGUGCGACUUGGCGAGCGCUGCAGGAAACGGACGCGCCCAUGGACCCCGAGAAGGUGGCCAACUACACCUCGCUCAAGGAGCAUGACCCGAUCUACUCCGAGGUCUAUACGGCCCCCGUGGCGCCCAAGCCGGGCCAGCGCCCCGUCCCCAGGACCAAUGCCCUCCCCGGCCCCCGCUCGCCGGUCUCGGACCUCCUCCCCGCCAGCAUGAGGCCCGCCGCCGCCGCCGCCAACGACGCGGCGGAGCUCGACGGCGCCGCCCCCGCGCGGAGCUUCCUCAGCCCACCUAAGACCGGUCCUUCCGCCGUCAGGUCCGCGGCGCUGGCCGAGGCCAAACCCGUCAACCACCAGAUGACCAGCGAGCCCGUCAAGAUCCCUCUGUUCGAGGAUAAGCCCGGACUUCCCAAGGCGCAGGUGGUGACAGAGCCCCGCAGGCCUGGAGGACGCAAGACCAACGCCAUCGGCGGCAGAAAGCGCAUCGCCCAAACGGCCUCCUUCAACAAGCUGAUGAUGGAAGUCCUCGGGGAGUGAGGAGGCGGCCUCCUUGGGGCUUCGGCGCCGCCCGCGCCCUGAACACGCCCGCACGCCGGUUGCUCGGAGUCAGCGCUCGAAGCCCACGACACUCGUGUCACUUUUCGUGUGGAAGGAAUGUGGCACUUUAGAGAAGAUGAUUUGUUCUGAAUCAUUUUUUAUUUCAUUUUAUUAAUUUCUUUGGCUCAUACUUUUUGGCCUCUUGACCAGCAUUAUCAAGUCUCUUUCUGUGUCUCUCUCCCAGUGUAUUAUAUCCUGUUUAUUCUUCAGUUUCUCUCUUUCUCGUUUUCUCUCUUUCGUUCUUACUUCCUCGACUCUCGGAAGCCAGAAUGAAGUAGGAGACUGAGAGAGAGAGAGAAAGAGAUAAAGAGGGCCAGAGGGAGAGAGAGGAGAGAGAGAGAGAAGAGAAAAAGUGAGAGAAGAAAAAAAAGAAAAACUAUAUAUCAUAUGAACCAUACCUCUUCUUUCUAAAGAAAACGUCAGAUGGACUUUUUUUUCUCUCUCUCACUCCCCUAUUUUAUCUAUUUGUUUUGAAUGAAAAGAUCACAUCUGAAAUUGCCAUUAUGAUCUUUUUUCAUUAUCAUUAAUGUUUUAUUGAUGAUAUUUAUCAUUCUAAUCUAUGGAUGUUGGUUUUGGAAAAUCAGCAUUGUAUGCUUUCAAUUUAUUUUGCUGCUGUUAUUAUCUUUUGAUAGAUUAAUCUAUUGAGGAGUGAGGAAGACUUUGUAGGGGAAAUAAUUUAUUAUAUCAUUGCCAUCCUUGGUAUUGCCCUGCGAGGCAAUAAUAACAAUAAUAGUGACAGAUAAAAAAUAUAGCAGUGAAAGGGUUCACUUACAAAAAAUUAGAAAAAAGUUUGAAGGAAAAGAAUUAAAAACAUUUAUACUAAGGCAGAUUCUCUCCUUUAAACACGUUGCUGAGAUCUGCGUUUUUUGUAUUUUUCAAAAGGUGGAUGUCCAUUUGCUGAUGAUGGACUAUAUAUAUAUAUUUUUUGGACAUUUUGGUGCUAGUCAUGAUUAUUGCCCUUCCGAUUUCCUUUGUCUUAGUUUCCCAUUUCUUUAGCUCCUUAUUCCCGUUUUCUUUCUUCCCGUUUUCCUUCUCCCAUCUUCGCCAGAACUUGAAACCCUUUUGUGAAUAAAGAUAAGAACUGCCAUUAGUGUUGAUAGCGAUAAUGAUUCACCAAGAUUAUAUCAUUACUAUUAUCCCUUUUCUCCCUCCACCCUAGAAACGGUAGUAAAGAUAGGAACAAAAAAAAUCCUCAACAAAUAUCUAGAGUUUACGUAGAAUCGAGUGCUUGUGAAGUGAGAGUGAACACAUCUAGAUUGUCUGUGUCUACCGUAUGUCUAUCUGUCUGUCUACGUGUCUGUCUUCUCACCAUCCCCUCUCUCCCUAUCCCUCUUAUCCCCUUCUCCCACUCGCGUUACUUGUUAUACAUCCACUAAUAAGCUUAGUGUGAGAGGCAUUGUGUAUAAUAUAUUAUUGAUUAUUUUUUGUAACCAGAAUACCCUAAUGCAUUAUCAAAAAUAGGAGAAGUAAAAAAGUCAUGUUUGUAAGUAUGCAAAAUAUGGAUUUUUAGUCUUUGCAUUGUUUCAGGAUACCUAUAUAUCAUCUUCAUAUUUUUUAUUUCUAAAUUUUGUUCAUUAUCUUACGCUGAAGUAUUUAGAAAUAUAUUUGACAACUGUCAGUAUCCGCUCACUACGCUCUAAUCGGAAUAUAAGGAUAAAAUUUUAGUAUCUGACUAAUCAGAUUUUUUCUAAUGUAAUUGACAUUUGGACUCAAAAAUGCACUUGGAGAAACUACCCUUGAUAAGAUCAUUUAUUUGUUAUCGAUCAUCGUUCGUUUUUUUCGUUCAGCGUCCGGUCAAAGGGGCGUCUGAACUAGAGCCCAAGAGAUGGCGUGUUUGACAUCGACCACCAUAGCUUUGGUCUGUGUCCGUUUUAUGCAGCAGCUGGUUUCUCUCUGCUUUGUCUCGUCUGGUUGUCAUUCUUGCGAGUAGCCAAGAAAAGCGAAAAAUAAAUCCAUUUCUUUCCCUUCCUUUCAACCCCUGUUAUCUCGUGAUUGAUGCAGAAGGAGAAAGGGGUGUCCGCUCCCUCUCGAAACCUUCUCCCAUCAGAUCCCUUCAAUCUGGAAAAGGAAAAAAAAAAAAAGAAUUGCAUCGACUGCCGUCUGGCUAGCACAAACUGACUUAAUAUUCUGAUUACUUUGGGAAUGUUUUUUUCCAGGAUGAUCAUAUUUUAGCUAUUGUGAACAAAAUGUACAGUUAAUGAGUGUGAGUAAAUGGUAAACACAGUUAA